AUGGCGGCCCUCAGAUCGCUGAAGCGGUCACGACCCUUCCUCCAACAAUAUGCUCAUGCUCGCUCGCUCUCGACUUCGGCCUCAAAAUCUCCCCGUCACUUUCUGUCCAUAUCUGAACUCUCGCCCACCGAGCUGAGCACCCUAGUGAACAAUGCGACGGCCUACAAACACUCGGCACUUCAGCCCACGUGGCCCCAGCGCAACGCGCUCUCGAACAAGACCAUCGCGUUGCUUUUCUCCAAACUGUCCACCCGGACACGAGUAUCCACGGAGGGCGCGGUCGUCGCAAUGGGCGGGCACCCGAUGUUCCUGGGAAAGAACGAUAUACAGCUGGGCGUGAACGAGUCACUCUACGACACCUCGGUCGUCAUCUCCAGCAUGGUGUCCGGCAUCGUGGCCCGCGUGGGACCGCACGCGGACAUUGCGAACCUCGCCAAGGACAGCUCCGUGCCGGUCAUCAACGCGCUGUGCGACACGUACCACCCCAUGCAGAUCGUCGCCGACUUUGCAACGUUGACACAAGCGUUCGGGACGCCGGCCGAGAAACUGAACGGAUUGAAGAUCGCAUGGGUGGGCGACGCCAACAAUGUGUUAUUUGACAUGUGCAUUGGCGCUCGGAAGUUGGGCAUCGAAAUGGCAGUUGCAACUCCCAAGGGGUACGAGAUCCCCGCGAAGAUCAAAGACGAGGUCGACGCCGCAGGACGGGGCACGAUCUUUGAAACGAAUACUCCGGAAGAAGCCAUCAAGGGAGCAAACAUCGUUGUGACGGACACGUGGAUCUCCAUGGGCCAGGAGUCCGAGAAGCAAAAGAGAUUACAAGCGUUCGCGGGGUAUCAGGUCACAGAGGAACUGGCAAAGAGAGGAGGGGCCGCUGAGGAUUGGAAGUUCAUGCACUGUUUGCCCCGACACCAGGAGGAGGUCAGUGACGAGGUAUUCUAUGGACCUAGAUCGUUGGUCUUCCCCGAGGCGCAAAAUCGGUUGUGGUCGGCCAUUUCGACGAUAGAGGCUUUUGUGGUCAAUCGAGGCGAGAUCAGGCCGCCGAAGUGA